AUGUUGGCUGGUCCACCACGAGCUGUGGGUCUUCUUACCCUUCUCGUCCUUACAGCGCUUGUUACCUUGUAUCUAUUCUACACGCCGCUCAAUUCCCCUAAAAGCGUUCUCCACGCACCAGUCCCUCCCGCGAUAAACACCUACACCCUCCCCGUCUUCACCCCCGGCACCCCCAAACCCCCGGGCACUCCAUACACCCGCACUCUCGUAAUCCCGCGCCUCGCAUCCCAAGAUGUCUCCUGGAUCAGCGAACAACUCCCCGACCUCCCCACAGCCAUCUACACCGUCGACGACCCGCACGCCGCUCUCACCGUCCCCAAAAACAAAGGCCACGAAGCAAUGGUGUACCUGACCUACCUAAUCGAGCACUACGACGCCCUGCCCGACACGGUGCUCUUCUUCCACGCCCACCGCACCGCCUGGCACAACAACUUCCUGCUGGGUCUCGACUCCGCCGCGACGAUUCGGCGGCUGAAGGACGACAGGGUCGCGCGGCUCGGGUACAUGAACACGAGAUGUCACCACGACCCGGGCUGUCUCGACUGGCUGCAUCUGGACCGGCCGGUGGGCGAUUUCGACAUGGUCAAGAAGCCCGAGGAGAAGGCUUUCACGCGCAAGGUGUGGAGCGAGCUGCACCCCGGUGUUCCGGCGCCGCCGGCGCUGAGCCAGCCGUGCUGCGCGCAGUUCGCUGUCAGCGGGGAGAGGGUGCGGCAGAUCCCCAAGGCGCGCUUCGAGCAUUACCGAGACUGGCUGCUGCGGACGGAGCUGGGGGACCAGGACAGUGGGCGCGUCAUGGAGUAUCUGUGGCAGUAUAUCUUCACGGGGAACGCGGAGUAUUGUCCUGCGAUCCACAGCUGCUACUGCGACGGGUAUGGGCUGUGUUUUGGGAGCCAUGCGAGGUUUAUGGAGUAUAUGGGGAUGGUGGAGGAGAGGGACAGGGCGCAAGAGGAGCUGGGUAAGCUGGAGAAGGAGGAGGGCGAUGGCGGGGAGGAGAGGAAGACACAGCUCAGGGAUAAAAUCGCGCAGUUGAAUGUGAAGCUGGUAGAAGGGGAGAAUGCGGCUACUGUGAGGGGACAGGACCCAAAGAAUAGGGAGGCUGAGGCGGAGAGGGUGGAUUGA